GAAGGACAUACAUUUCCAAUCAACAUACUUAAAAUGAAAGGUAUAAGACAGCACAUUGAUAAAUAUCUGGUUAGCUUCAUCGCACUUAAAUGCAAACUUUUUAAUCAUUAUAUGUUUAAACUUAUUUAACUUCCAAACUAAAAUAAGAACUUCAUUCAUAAUGAUCAAUUGAUGAAAAGAAACCUUAAAUAUUGUAAUUUUCAGAUGUUAUUUUCAAAAAGUAUAAUUUGAAAACUUGCGUUAACAACUCGUUAAGAUGACCAGGCCUUACAUAAGUUGAGCCUGCUAUUUAUAUAUUUAGUAAUACAGGUUUGUUAAGACCGUAAGGUUCCUAGGAUCAAAUAGUUUGAUUAAUCGUCUGUUUAGAGCUUUUAAACCCAGACAACAGUGGACUUCAGAAGACGACGGUUUUCGUUAUCGAAAAUAGAUAAGAAAGUUAGAAGCCUAUAACUGAAUAGGUCACCCACUGUAUGAUAACAAUUUACAUUACCUUCUAAGAUAACAAUACACACGUACCGUGUACGACAUCGUGGUCCAUAUCCAUGUUGAAUGGCUGAGUCGUCUAUACGUAAUUAUGUCAUUGUAUAUUGUAUGUAUAUAUGUGUUUCUAUCUAUUGUUUUGUUUACGAAUCGAAUGUCUUUUCGUGUGCUGUUACUGUACAUCUAUGCUUGCCCAGCCUCCAAAUUAUUGUAUGUAACGUUAUGUACUCGCUAUAUCAUGUGUCCUUUUCACGUUCACGUCACAGUGUAUUUUAUAACGAUAUAUGACAAUGGUUAAAACAGUAAUAGGCAUAUCACGUGAUGGGACAUGUAGGAACACUAGGGGGUGUAUGACUAAUUCAACCGUGUACUAUUAUGUACAUAUCGUGUAUAAAUGUUCCCUGAAUACACACAAUCUGAAAAACUUACUUUUUUUUCUCUAUGUGACUAGUAUUUUAUUAAUCAGCUGUAAUGAUAUUGAGUUAAACCCAGGUCCUCUGCGUAACCUAGAAAUUUCUCAUCUCAAUAUAAGAUCCUUAAGAAACAAGACAGAUAUUGUUGAAACUGAAUUAAAUAAAAGUGAUAUUAUCUGCCUAACCGAAACACACCUCACCCCUGAAAUACCUAAUACUGAACUAAUAAUUCCAUGUUACUCUGAAAAUCUUUAUAGGCUGGAUAGAAAAACUGGUCCUGGUGGUGGGGUCUUAAUCUAUCACAAAAAUAACAUUUUCACCAAAAGACGACAUGAUCUUGAACAUGAUGAAGUUGAAAUGAUAUGGGUGGAAAUUCACAUUGAGUCGCACAAGUUUCUUCUGGCUUGUCUAUAUAGACCAGAAUCACCAGUUAGAUAUUGGGAAAUCUUAGAUUCAGUCAUUGAAAAAGCUGUGAACACUAACUUAGAUAUAGUGAUCACUGGUGAUAUUAAUAUCAAUAUGUUAAAUCUUCAACCCCACUCGCACCUUGGUAGACUAAUAACAAAAUUUAAUCUUUCUAAUUUUAUCACAGACCCCACUCGUAUCACUCCAACUUCAUCAACUUCAAUUGAUAUUGUCUUUUCCAACAACAGAAAUAUAGUUAAAAAUGCAUCUGUGCUUCCUCCUAUAUGUAGUGACCAUUCUCUGAUACAAUUUAACAUUUCCUAUGCAGUUUUUAAAAAACAAACCUAUCGAAAGAAAAUUCUUAUUUAUCAAGAUGCAGAUUAUGAUCAGAUGAAUAGAUGUAUUUUAGAAAAAGAUUGGGAAAACCUUAUCAAUAUACAUGAUACAAAUGAAUUUAACAAUAUUUUAUGUGAUACAAUAAAGCACUUAAUUAAUGAAUCUAUACCCACUAAAUAUGUAACAAUUAGACCAAAUGAUAAAAAAUGGAUGACUAAUGAUAUUAGACUACAUAUAAGACAACGAAAUAGGGCUCAUAGGAAAGCAAAAUCUAGUAAUUCGGCUUUUCACUGGGAAAAUUAUAGAAAAAAAAGAAAUGAAACCAUUAGUAGAAUACGUGAUGCCAAGAAAACAAAUCUACUUCUAUUCCCCCACUAACACACAAUAAUUCAUUUAUUCAACAUCCAUUUGACAAAGCUGAAUGCUUAAAUAAAUACUUUGCAUCAAUAUCUACCACUUCUGAAAAUACUGAACCUAUACCUGAAACUACUAAUGAUUUUCCUAAUUCCAUAAAUGAUAUUGUUAUAACCCAACAGGAUGUUAAAGAUCAGCUAUUUCUUUUGAAUGUUAAUAAACCUGCUGGACCAGAUGAUAUGAUUCCCAGAAUAAUCAAACAAUUACAUCCAUCUAUUCUCUUUCCUCUAACUCUUCUAUUUAACAAAACACUUGAAACUGGUAUUAUCCCCCUCAGCUGGAAGAUGGCUAAUAUUAACGCUAUUUAUAAAGGUAAAGGAUUAGUUAAUGAGGUGUCUAAUUACAGACCAAUCUCUGUUACUUCAUGUUUUAGUAAAAUGUUAGAAAAAAUCGUUUUCAAAUAUCUAUAUAAUUACCUCAGUACAUAUAAAAUCAUUACAAAACACCAGUCUGGCUUUACACCUAAAGAUUCAACUGUAAAUCAAUUAUUGUCUAUUUACCAUACCAUUGUUAAUUGCCUAGAUCAAAAUAAAGAAAUCAGAAUUAUAUUCUGUGACAUAAGCAAGGCUUUUGAUAGAGUUUGGCACAAUGGUCUGCUUUACAAGUUGGAAUCAUAUGGUGUUAAAGGUAAUCUUUUAAAUUGGUUUCGUAACUUUUUAUCAGACAGAAAGCAGAGAGUACUAACUGAAGGUUAUACAUCAACCUUUGACCCUGUUCAAGCAGGGGUUCCACAAGGCUCAGUCCUCGGUCCGUUAUUGUUUUUAAUAUAUAUAAAUGAUAUUGUUGAUUGUGUUUCCAGUAAAAUUAAAUUAUUUGCAGAUGACACCUCUCUCUAUGGUAUAUGUGAUAAUAAUCCCAUUGAAUUGGCACAAAAUCUUUCCAAUGACUUGAGUAAUAUUAAGCUGUGGGCCACUAAAUGGGACAUUAAAUUUAAUCCUUCUAAAACUGAAUCUGUAAUUUUCUCAAGGAAAACUAAUAAGAAUCAUCCUAUUGUUAAUUUUUAUGACGCACCAAUUGUUGAAAGCAAAACACAUACACAUCUGGGCCUUACACUUAGUGAUGAUGCCAAAUGGAACCAACACAUAUCUAAUAUAUAUGAAAAAGCAUUUAAAAGAAUAAAUAUCUUAAGGUUACUAAAAAAUAAAAUUGAUAGAAAAUCCUUGACAACCUUAUAUAUAUCCUACAUAAGACCAGUUAUUGAAUAUGCAGAUGUUGUGUGGGACAAUUGCACACUAGCUCAAAAAAAACUAUUAGAAUCAAUACAAUUAGAGGCUGCAAGAUUAAUUACAGGUUUACGUAGAGGGACAUCACAUGAUAAAUUAUACAAGGAAUUAGGAUGGGAAACUUUGAGCUGCAGAAGAAAUAAACAUAAACUAAUUUUAAUGUAUAGAAUAAUGAAUAAUGAAACCCCAGAUUACCUAAGAGAAAUUAUUCAACCAUAUAUUCAUGAUGAAACCCUUGACAGAUAUCCCCUCCGAACAAACAGAUUAUUUGAUCCCCCUUUAUGUCGUACUGUAAAAUAUUUUGAAAGUUUUUUUCCGUCCAUGCUAAAUGAAAUGAAUAGACUUGCCCCAGAUAUUACUAGCAUCCAAUCUACCACACAGUUAAAAAGGUUACUAACUACAAAGCAAUAUAUGAAAUCUGAAACAAAUGAUGUUUUUAAAUACUUUGGCAAUCGUGAUGUAAACAUUAUACUUUGCCAAUUAAGAAAUAAUGCUAGUAAUCUAAAUUAUGAUCGUUAUAAAGAUCACUUAAUUGAAUCUCCAAUGUGUGAGUGUAACGGAUCUUUCGAAACUGCUGCACAUUAUUUUUCUGAAUGUAAUCAAUAUAAUAAUAUUCGCCAGACUCUCCAACGGAGUUUGAAUCAUCACACUCACAAUCAUCCGUGUACAAAUGUCCUAAUACAUGGUUGUAAUAGUUGUAAUGAUUUACAAAAUAGAGAUAUCUUAUCUCAUGUAUCAAACUUUAUAUCGCAAUCAAAAAGAUUUUCAUUAAUAUAGUAUUUGACUUACCCUUACUAUUUUUUGGAACAUAAUUAUACAUUCUUACAUUCUAAUAUAUUAAAAAAAAAUAAAAAAUAAAAAAUCUUUUAUUCUUUUUAUUUUCUUUCAAGUUAUAUGUAUAAAAGCUUUAUACCUCCCACAGUGAACUACAAUGAUAUAGUAGUACAAGAUAUAUCUAAUGUAAUAUAAUAUGGAAUUAAUUAGAUGCUUUAUUCUACCUUUGAUAAUUACUAAUUUAGCUGGUAUGUACACCUAUUGAAUGAAAUUGACUCUGGGCAGCUUAGAUGGGUUUUUUCUUUCUUUUUUUUGUGUGGGUAUUUUUGUGUUUUUUUGUGUGUUUUUUUUUGUGUGUUUUUUAUGUUUUCUAUUUUCUUCUUCUUUUUUAAGCUUACAUCAAGAUAUGGAGUAACUCCUUUCAAUUUAAUUAAAGAAUUACUACUUUACUUACAGGAGUUGGUGUAGCCCUACCUACAAAUUAUAUAUCUAUUUGCCGAAAUUGGCUUUUGAUCCUUAACAGUGUGUGAUGGCUAGUGUGUUAUACAUAUGGACUGUAUGGCCUGUAUCUGUUGAGGGAAUAAAUCCAAUAUCACCAAAUAUGUAUACCCAACAGUUUACCUUAUAUGAAUACCAGUAACUCAUUGUCAGAUACUUGAUGUUAUUCACUGAAGAUAAUAGUCUAGUAAAUAUCUCAAAUUAAAUAUCCCUAGUGAAAGGGUUACUAUAUCUCAAGAAUACUGAACAAGUCUGUUUACAUCAAGGAGUUACUUCCCCUUAUCCCAAACAUCAUAUCAAUGUACAAAUAUAUGUCUGUGUUUCUUACAACCUGUUGUCACUUUAAGGAGAGGACUUAGAUAGGCUAAGCCUGAUGUUAUUGACUAUUGCUUAUAUUGUCAAUAAAAUUUGUUGAAAUUAAAUUAAAAAAAAAACAAUUUACACGCUUUGCGUACUUAAAUUCAACAAUGAUAGUGGUGUUCAUACCUCGUACUCCCGAUUCUCACGAACAUAUCGUAGCCUCCCAAAACACACACGCAUACACUACACGCAUGCAUCUUGCACACAGGGUGUGUGUGUGUGGGGGGGG